CGAGCCCUUCUCACUAGCUUCUGUAGAGGAAGGGUAAGACAGCAUGUGAGUGCUGCUUGAAGUCCUUCUUUUUGGAAUGGCUAUUUUGUCAGUCUGAUUAUGAUAGAGGAUGAGAAGACAAAUAAUUUAAAUGUAUUUAAUCCUGUGCAAAGAGGGACCACUUAAAACGGUUUCCCGUUUUUUGUGAAAACUGCCUUUUUAUUGGACACAGUGGAUGAUAAACAAAUUACAGGAUAACACAAUGGCUCAAAUGGACGGAGAGUUUGGUAUGAAGGGCAGCAGCAUCAUCAGGGAAUGGAGUGGACAGGUCCAGCCCGCUCUGGUUGCCUCCUUCGUUUUUCUCUUCUGUCUGGAAGCCUGUCUGUGGGUCAGGAACCUCCGGCUCAAGAGAAGACUGCCGGGACCCUUCGCCUGGCCUGUGGUGGGCAACGCCAUGCAGCUGGGCCAGAUGCCUCACAUCACCUUUGCCAAGCUAGCCAAAAAGUACGGCAACGUGUACCAGAUACGACUAGGCUGCAGUGAUAUUGUGGUUCUGAAUGGAGACAGGGCUAUACGUCAGGCUCUCAUACAGCACAGCACAGAGUUUGCAGGCAGACCAAACUUUGUCUCUUUCCAGACUGUCUCAGGGGGGAAAAGCAUGACUUUCAGCAGUUACAGCAAACAGUGGAAGAUGCACAGGAAAAUUGCUCAAUCAACGAUCAGAGCAUUCUCAUCUGCCAACAGCCAGACCAAAAAAGCCUUUGAGCAGCAAAUUGUGGCUGAAGCCACAGAGCUAGUUGAGAUUUUCCUUAAACUCAGUGCUCAGGGCCAGCAUUUCAACCCCGCUCACGAGCUGACAGUAGCUGCAGCUAAUGUGAUUUGUGCCUUAUGCUUUGGAAAACGUUAUGGACAUGAUGAUGUUGAGUUUAGAGCCUUGUUACAAAAGGUAGAUAUGUUUGGACAGACAGUAGGGGCUGGCAGCUUGGUAGAUGUGAUGCCAUGGCUUCAGUCUUUCCCUAAUCCAGUCCGAAGGAUGUUCAAGAACUUUAAAGUCCUGAACCAAGAGUUCUUUGGGUUUGUCCAGCACAAGGUGGAAGAGCACAGAGAGACAUUUGAUCAAGAAGUAAUGAGGGAUAUGAGUGAUGCCAUUAUUGGUGUCAUUGACAAGGCUGACAGUGACAACGGACUCACCAAAGGCCACACAGAGGGGACUGUGUCAGAUCUGAUUGGUGCAGGUCUGGAUACCGUCUCCACUGCUCUCCACUGGAUUCUCCUUCUGCUGGCAAAACACCCUGAAAUACAAACCAAACUCCAUGAGCUCAUUGACAAGGUGGUGGGGCGAAACAGGCUGCCAUCUGUCGAGGACAGAAGCAGCCUGGCUUACCUGGACGCCUUCAUCUACGAGACCAUGCGCUUUACAAGCUUUGUCCCCGUCACCAUUCCCCACUCGACAACCUCAGAUGUCACUAUCGAAGGUCUUCACAUUCCCAAAGACAUGGUGGUCUUCAUCAAUCAGUGGUCCAUCAAUCAUGACCCCCUGAUGUGGAAGGAUCCACAUAUCUUUGACCCCUCACGCUUCCUGGAUGAAAACGGCUCCCUAGACAAGGAUCUCACCAACAAUGUUAUGAUCUUCUCAGCGGGGAAGAGAAGAUGUAUUGGGGACCAGAUUGCCAAAGUUGAGAUAUUUUUGUUCUUUGCAAUUCUACUCCACCAGUGUAGCUUUGAGAAAUGUGCCAAUGAGGACCUGUCUUUAAACUGCUCCUAUGGUUUAACACUGAAGCCUUUAGAUUACAAGAUCGCUGCCAAACUCAGGGGAGAAUUACUUAUAAGCCAAUAAAAAAUGUUUGACAGUGAGUUCUCCAAUUAAAGAACAGCAAUGCAAUAUAAGGUAUGUGUUCUAAAAUAAAUAUAUAUGUCUUGUAUCACAGAGCAAUAACAUGUAAUAAGCUUUAACCCAAAUAAAUACGAAUGACAAGCCUUCUUACGUCUGCUGACAUUUAAAAUUGUUGCUGUUAUUUCAUUCAGUUACAAAAUCUUCUAGUUUAUGUAUUAAAAGUAGCCACUUUGUAAAUGACAUUAGAAAGCAUGAGUAAUAUUUGAACUCUGAAACAGAAAUUCUACUCCUCAACUCUGAGAAAAAACUGACUCAACUGACUGAGAAAACCUAAAUAUAUCUGCACUGCCUCUGCCACAACAUGUAAGAAAUAAAAAACUGUAAUGAAAGCUUUGAUGUGUUUGCCCAAAACCACAAUUCAUAAUAAACCGUAAGUAUGUAUUGUUAUUUAUAUGGAGGUAUUUAGCGGAGUCCCCCUUAAUUGCAAUAUAAACGGGUGGUGAUGAAUAAACUUUACUUUAAGCAUUUUGUUUUUUCGCUGAUGGGGAGAAAUUAUGAGCCAGCUGUGUGGUCUCAACUGAAACCUCUGAACAAUCACUCACUCUGACACUCAUUUCUCUUUGAGCUUAUUGAACUUUCAUGUUUGAACUUAAUAUAAAUACAGUGUGCACGUCAUCUACAUUCAUAUAAUCUUAAAUCAUAUAAUACUUUUGUAUUCUGAUAAUAACUCAUGUCACGUAACAUAUGUCUGAGAGCCACAUAUUUAUGGUUAUGGUUAUACUGUCUUCAUCCUUUAGUACACAUAAUACAUCAAUGUGCAACAUGGUUUCUUAGGGAUACUGCAUUGUCUGAAUAAUAAGCUGUAUAGAAUCAAUAAAUUAUGUUUUCAGUGUGACACAGUCUGUACUCUACUGAUGAAAGCCUUGGAUGUACAAUAAACAUUUUGCAUUGAUCUCUAACUGAA